AUGAGCACACACGACGCGAUGCGCGACGACACCGCCUCGGCGCCCGUAGAGGUGGGGUACAGAGAGCUGCCCUUCCCGCCAGUCACCAAAGAGCACAUCUUGAACUGCUCAUACCACAAGUGGCAUCCUAAAUACCGCGGGGUAACACCAAAAGCGCGCCUCAUUCCGCUCCCAACGGCCUUCCUCGACUACCUCCGAUCGGACGGCAUCAUCCUGCCCCCCGACGAGACCGACGACCCUUCGUGGUCAGACAAUGACAGUGGCAUCUUCUCGGGCGCCGACAACAACGACGAUGAUGAAAACGAAAGCCCAGACCCCAGUGCCAACUGGCGCGACACUCACGAGGCCAUCGAGCGUACUAUCGAAGAGCUGGGCGGCAAAGUCGCGCCCAAGCUGAAUUGGAGUGCGCCGAAAGAUGCGACUUGGAUAGCCGCAACCAACAGCAUGGAGUGUCGAACACCAAACGACAUCUACCUACUGCUAAAGAGCAGCGACUUUGUCACCCACGAUCUGGCCCACGCCUUCGAUGACACAGCCGACCAAUCUACAACACCAGAUCCAGAGAUUCCAUACCACCUCGUCUUAAGGAAGUGGAUUACACUCAACCCUAGUGUUGAGUUCCGAUGCUUUGUACGGAACCGACGGCUGAUUGCCCUCUGCCAGCGGGAUCUAAACCAUUUUGACUUCUUAUUCAACAUGCAGGACAAGCUGCGCGAUACUAUCCAAGACUUCUUCGACGCGAAACUGCGCGACACCUUCCCUGAUCCCAACUUUACUUUCGACGUAUACGUACCGCCACCGCAUGACAAAGUCUGGGUCGUCGACUUCAACCCGUGGGCUGUGCGGACUGAUCCUCUGAUUUUCUCAUGGAUGGAACUUCUUACCAUGGAGGUACCUGAUGCAUCCUCAUUUGAGGAGACAACUGUGCGCCUGAAGAUCGCCCAGCCAGGAGACAAAAGCGAGCCGGUUCAGGCAAGUGGUGACAACGUAGACGAGGACGAAGACACGGAUGAGGAUGAGGAUGACAUCGAAGAGCUAUGGCAACCAGAAUUCCGGCUCAUAAGAAGAGACGACCCAGAAGCAUAUGGUUUCUCGACUCCGCAGUACAGUGCACAUAAGCUCCCUAGAGACGUCGUGGAUGCAAGUAGUGGCGGAGAAGGUCAACUGCGCGAGUUUGCGAUGCAGUGGGAGGAAGCGCAGAAGUUGGCUGAGCAACAACGAGCCGAGGACAGUGAAGACGAUUAG